AGAGAGAGAGAGUGGUGCAGCGGCAGUACUCAGGCAGAUUGAGCAUCAUCUCUGGAGGAGGGAGAACGCAAGCGCGCUGCCGCAGCACACAGAACCUGAAUGAUCGCCAUGGCAACAACAGCAUCAGUACCAGCAGCAUCAGCCGCCGCCGUGAGCCGCUCAUGUCAACACUGUGAGCUGCCACACUCACACUAACUCACACACACACACCCUGCCUCUCAACUUAAUGACAUAGGAUCACAGCGGGCGCGCGGAUCACGUCUCCGGAGCAUCGCUCUGGCAGGUGAUGGAAUAAAUGAUGUCGGAAGUUCAGGGCACUGUGGAGUUUUCACUGGAGCUGCACAAGUUUCACAAUGUGGAUCUUUUCCAGAGAGGCUUCUAUCAGGUGAGGGCUGGUCUGCGUGUUUCUCCCCGGGUUCCUCACCGAAUCACUGCUACAACACCUGGGUACACAGGCGAGUGCAGUUUCAGCAAUGCGGGCGUUCAUGAUGGAGGGGUUUUUAGUAGAAUCUUCCAGAUCCUCUAUAGGAAUGAAGAGGUGACGCUGGAGGACCACAUUAACUUCAGACUGCACCUGCUGCUGGACGGAGAGAGGGUGGAGGAAGCUGUGAGUGAAGUAGACGUUCAGCUCAAACUAGAUCUGCACUUCACUGACAAUGAACAGCAGCUGGCUGACAUCUCUUCAGUGCCUGUGAUCAGCAGCAGGACUCUGGGUUUGCAUUUCCAUCCCCAGCAGGGCCUGCAUCACCACCUGCCCGUCAUGUUUGACUACUUCCACCUGUCCGUCAUCUCCGUCUCUAUCCACGCCUCCCUAGUGGCUCUGCACCAACCGCUGAUCAGUUUUGCCCGCAGUGGGAAAGGGACGUGGCUUGGUAAGGGAUCUCCAGAAAGCGAGGCUCCGCCCUCUGCCAUGUCAGUGGAGAAUCUGAUGUUCGGAGCCGGAUACUGCAAACCUGUUCCCACAGAGGGCAGUUUUUACGUGCCGUCGGAGAACUGUCUGCAGCGAGCGUACACGUGGCACCGGCGCAUCUGUAAACUGUUGCUGGCGGCUCACAGGGCUCUGCGCUCAUAUUACACCACACUAAUGAAGGAGAUCCCUCAACUGCAACACAUCCAAACAGAGGAUCUUCCCCUUGAAGAAACAUUGAACCAGCUCACCAUUGAACUGCAGCUGCAGAGCGGUCAUGAGAAAGUGGCAGAACAGAUCAGCAAAGAUCUGACGCAGCUCUGCGCUCAACUCUCUGCUCUUUGGACACAGUUUUUGGAAUCCACGGUUCCCAAUCCAUACAUCCGAUCAUACCUGGCCCAGGAGCACCACACACUCCGGGUCAGGAGAUUUUCUGAAGCAUAUUUCUUCACUGAACAUCCCAAAGAGUCUUCGCUCACAUUUCAGGAAGAGCUAAUCAACAGACAUGCACAGGUUUCCACAGAGAUGCGCAAUUCAGAUUACCUGCUCCGUAUGCCUCCUCUUCCGGUGGAGUGUCUGGACAUUGAUGGAGACUGGAGCAGCCUGCCAAUCAUCUUUGAGGACAGAUAUGUGGACACGCCCUGUUUAGACUACAAUGUCGUCCAUGAGCAAAAUCAGGCUGUCUUGAACUCUCAGCCUUGUUUUGAGCCGACUAGGGUAAAAGGCCAAACAGCCAGUCCAGCUGAGAAAACACAGGACACCAGUUUACCAGCAACAAGCCCUGAGGAACCUCCAUCUGAAGACUGUACAGAAAUGCCCACAUACAUGACCCUGACUGACCACCAGGAUGAUGAUGUCACUGAACAUAUCAAACCCAGACCUCAAGCAGAGACUCUGACUGACCAUGUGGAGGAGGCAGAUAUUGAUGGAUGCGAAUUUAUUACGACAAGCUCUAAUUCAAGAAUCCAUUCUGUAGAUGAGGUCACGUGCCAAUAUGAAAAUGAUGGCAACACUAUGUCGGUAGACACCGAUGAUGUAAUAGAUAACCAAGAGAAAACCAGCUGCCAAAAAGAAGCUGCUAAUGAAUCCGAUCAUACAAGUUCACAACAAACUAAUGUUUUUAAUAGUGGGCAGCCAUUGCUGCUUGUUCCCACAGAUCUUGGAGAACUUCCUGACCUUACCAGCCUUGGCAGCUUCGAAUUUUUACCCACAUAUAAUCAUGAUGACAAUCUCGAAACACCAGGUGAUACUGGGAGUCCUGACAACCAGGAGCCACAAACGGUUUUCGAUAACAGACACAUCCAAGCACCUGCAAAGGAUUACGGAGGCAAGGAUACAUCACCAGGUAUUCUACUGAAGGCUACCCUACCUGGAACAGACCCUUUAGUCACAUCCCCUUCACGUAAUGUUAUACAUCAGAUCCGCCGUUUAUCUGAGACUCCACCCAGGGGUGUGUUUUUGGGCGGGGCUAAGCUAAUGAAUCGCUCCUCCUCUGUGAUCUCAGACUCUGGAAUUGAGAGCGAGCCAAGCUCGGUGGCCUGGACUUUGGAGGGUAGGGGAGUUGUCGCAGGGGGUCGUGACAUCUUGCAGAGCUUGGCGCGCUGUCGGACUGCCCAUCAGAGCUCUUUGGAGGGCUUACAAACCGAAAGUCAUGGCAGCCUGCCAAGUGCCACACAGGCCUCUUUGACCUCUAUAAGCUCUCUGCCGUAUGAAGAGGAGGAGGAUAGACAGCUCAACACGUUAACCAAAUCUGCCUCAGCUCCGCAGAUCAGCAGCCCUGACGACACAGAGGAAGAUCGUGAAACACCCAAUCAGGAGACGAGGACUGUGUGUGAGGCCAAUCAGGUGACAGGGACUAGGUGUGAGGCCAAUCCGAUGAGGCAGAAUAAAGAAUCUGCCAAUGAGGUGAAAAGGAAUCUCCAAAUGGAGGAAACUACCCAACAGGAUACUACAAAUGUCCUUGUAGCCAAUCACAUAAGGGAUGAAGCUGCCAAUGAGGUGAAGCAGACUCUUCAAGAGGUUACUAGGGAGGAUGGAAACACAACAACCAAUCAAGAGAAAAGGAAUGUUUGUGUGGCCAAUCAGUUGAGGAAGAGUGAGGUUGCUGCCAAUGAGGUGAAGCAGAAUCUUCAAGGAGUUUUUAGGGAGGAUGGAAACGAAACAAGCAAUCAGGAGAUCGAUAUAGAAGAGUCGUCCAAUCAGGAUAUCACAGAUCUUACUUUUGUGAAUCCUGAAAUGCUACUAUACCAGCAAUUUUUGAUGGAUAGUGGUAAAGAUGCCACAUUGGAGGAACUAACUGAAAACUCCAAGGACUUUCAAGGAAACAUUUUGCUUAAGGAGUAUUUGAUGGAUGAAAGCACAGAGAUUUGUCGAUGUGAAGAUGAAUACUGCGAACACAAAAGGAAGCUGGAGUCAAACCAGUAUCACAAGGAUGCUGACGACAUCAGUGUCUGUCAUAUUCAUUUGAACGAACUGGAAGUAGCAAGUAUGGAGAACCUCCCAGAACCAACAACCAAUGACAAGAGGACUCAUGGAAUUGCAGCCAAUGAGAAAGAAAGGCCUGCUGAUCCCAUUGAGCCUCCAACCAAUGAGAGAGAUCAGCAAAUUUUAGAGGGACAGAGCAGAAUCAAUAAAGUGCCAAGUACAGGUCUGGCAUUUGUAAAUAAAAAGGUGGUGGAGGUUGUUAACCUGUCGGUGUCAUGCGCUCCCACGUGCCUGCCCUUCUCAUCUGUACUACGCGAUUCACCUUCGGUCAGUGGAAUCUCCACACGACAGGCCACCUCACCCAUUACCCAUCAACCUCUGGGCUCCUUCGGGAUCAUCUCCUCCAACUCCUUCUUUGGUGCUGACCAGGAAAUCAAUGAGAGGAUGAUAAACUUCUUUAAGGCAAAGGAAGCCCUGCUGAGGGAGCUGGUGUUCAGGGGCACUCUCUACAGUGAUCUGCCUUACCUCGCGUCUGAACAUCCUUACUUUCCACCUGAAGAAGACGACACAGAGUUUGAGGAUGGGAUCCACCUGGUGGUGUGCGUCCACGGACUUGAUGGUAACAGCGCAGAUCUGCGGUUGGUCAAGACUUUUGUAGAGCUCGGGCUGCCAGGAUCUAGACUGGACUUCCUCAUGUCAGAACGCAACCAGACAGACACGUUUGCAGAUUUUGACACCAUGACUGACAGACUUCUGGAUGAGAUCAUUCAGCACAUCCAGCUGUACAACCUCACUAUCCACCGCAUCAGUUUUAUUGGACACUCUUUGGGGAAUGUCAUCAUACGUUCUGUACUGACCCGACCCAGAUUCCGCUGUUACCUUUGUAAACUCCACACCUUCCUAUCUCUGUCUGGUCCCCACCUGGGAACACUGUAUAAUAACAGCACACUGGUCAGCACAGGUCUGUGGCUAAUGCAGAAACUGAAGAAGUCCGGCUCUCUGCUGCAGCUCACGUUCAGAGAUCACACCGACCCGCGACAGACCUUCCUCUACACGCUCAGCAAAAAACCAGGUCUGCAGUUCUUCAAGAAUGUGGUCUUGGUGGCCUCACCACAGGACAGAUAUGUGCCCUUUCACUCGGCCCGAAUUGAGAUGUGCCGGACAGCCCUUAAAGACAGAACCACAGGUCCAGUAUACACAGAGAUGAUCAAUAACUUACUCCAGCCACUUUUAAGUGCUCCAAACUGUCGUCUCAUCCGACAGAACGUGUUUCACGCGUUGCCAAACACCGCAAACACACUGAUCGGCCGCGCAGCUCACAUCGCCGUGCUCGACUCCGAACUCUUCUUGGAGAAGUUCCUACUGGUGGCCGGACUCAAUUACUUCAAGUAGAUGGCAUCAUGCUUCAAGUUCUGCUGGAGAGCCAAUCAGAGUAACGGUACAUCAGCGUUUCUUUUCAGAGUUAUAUAUUUUUUGUCAGUAAAUUUGGACGCAAGAAAAAAAAAGCAAUUUGAAGAUUCAGACUGUAAAUCAGAAUACAUUUAUGUAAAAUCUGUACAGAAAAGAACAUUGUAUAUUAUGAAAAAAUAAGGAAACUGACCUGCUGGAGCUCGCCUUAACGAAGCUUUACGACGUAGUAACUUAAACGCUGAAUACUUGUAACUGGAGCGUUAAUCGUUUGAUUGUAAAUUCCGUGUGUAGAUGAUGUCGUUACGACAGAAUUUUGGUUGUUCAUUCCCUCCAGUCACCGAGCUUCAUAUCUACUGCGCCGUUCGUAACUUGAAGAGGUCGAUAUCACUGGAGAUCAAUACUUGAAGAUUAUACUUAGUAUUUGAGUUUUCGCUUAAUCAGUGUUUUCAUCUUUCUUUUUACCGACUUAUUCUAAUUUAAUAGUUUGUGUUCGGGCUGCACGAUAUUGGAAAAAUAUGUGAUGUUGUUGAGUAUUGCGAUAAAGACAUUUCAAUAUAACACUUCUCUAGAGAAAAAAAAUGCAAUUUUUAUUUAUUUAUUUAAAAUAAACAGGUAAAAGAUACAGUUGACGUCAAAAUUAUUAGCCCUCCUGUGAAUUAUUUUCCAAUAGAGCAAGGAAUUUUUCACAGUAUUUCCUAUCAUAUUUUUUCUUCUUGAGAAGGUCUUAUUGGUUUUAUUUUGGCUAGAAUGAAAGCAGUUUUGAAUUUUACAUAUCAAUAUUAAUAGCUCCCUUAAGCAAUAUAUUUUUUGAUUAUCUACAAAACAAAACAUAAUUAUACUAUGAUUUGCCUAAUUAACUUACCUACUUAAGCUAAUUAACCAGCUAAUUAAGCCUUUAAAUGUCACUUUUAAGCUGAACUCUAGUAUCUUGAAAAAUAUCGAGUCAAAUAUCAUGUUUCAUCAUGAUGGCAAAGAUAAAACAAUCCAGAUUUCAGAAAUGAGUUAAUAAAACUAUUAUGUUUAGAGAUCUGUUGAAAAAAAAAAAAAAUAACUUAUUUUAAUUAGUAGAAAUUUUGGGGGAAGAUAUAGAGGGGGGCUAAUAAUUCUGGGUACACCUUUCAGCUUAUAUCAAAGCAGCAACUACUGGGGAGGCGGGGCUAAAGAUAAUAAUGCCCCAUAUGAAUUACCGACGCAUAAAUUAAAUGCCAUUGAUCACAAAUGUCUGUGAUGCGCAUUUCUGGAUACAAUUAUCGCGAUAAGGAUAUAUUGUGCAGCCCUAGUGUGUGUUUCAGCUGUUUCAUGUUGUGAAGUGAGAAUCUCACUGUGAAAUAAGCCAAAUCCAUCAUGUUUUUUACAUAUGGCGGUAAAACUCAUUGUCUUUUUCUGCAGUAAACGGGUUCAUAUACUGUAAGCGAAUGUGAUCUGAAUGUGUUUACCAUUUCAGCCUUAACUAUAGUAUGACAGAGUAUUUGUUUUGUUGAUUCACUUGAUAUGAAACGAGCCAUUCACUCACUCAUUGUGUCAUAGCAAACAAGUUCGUUUUUCUUCCAUCGAACACAAGAGUACAGCAGUGUGGAGCUUCGAAUACAGUGAGGUAUGAAAUCGUGACUCAAUCAGUCGUUACGACAAAUGUUGUUUUUAUUUAACUCUUUUGCUGCUGAUUGAUCAUUACACUGAGCAUCCAUGGAUAUUCCCUUUUAAAUAAUAGCAUUUCAAGGUCAUCGCUACAUUUUUGAGUUUGCAUGGGUUUUUGGAUAAAACUGUCAACAGUUUUAUCAACGAAAAUGUGUUUUUACAGCAGGGGAAAUAAGUAUUGAACGCGUCAUGUUUUUUUUAAAAUGGGAAUAAUCUUUAUAAAGGAGCUUUUAACGUGGAAUCAAACCAGAUUUUUUUUCGAAACCCAAACUAUACAAACAUAAAAAAAAUAAAAAUAAAAAAUCUGAAAAAAAUUAUGUUUAAUAAGAAUGAAAUGACACAAGAAAAAAACUACUGAAUGCUUUAUGUAAAAAGCUUUUUUGUGAUGGCAGCUUAAAAAGAAAUUGAAGUCAUGGAGGUUAAAGUCACAUGCAUUGCUCAGGAUGUAAAAAUCUUGAUGGUUCUGUGGGCCUCAUUUAUCAAAUCUGAUUUUUAUUUUGUAUUCUCAAUUGGAUUCAAGUCAGGUAAUUGGCUGGGCCAUUCUACAGCAUGAUUUUUUUUCUCUGGAAGCAUUCACGAGUUUUCCUGCCUGUGUUUUAGAUCAUUGUCUUGCUAAAAUGUCCACCCUGCUUUCUUCUUCAUUCUCCUGGUAAUGUAGUUGUUGGGCUGUAGCAGCGGAUAUUAAUUUUGAGGAAGGGCAGGGGGUUGCUGAUUAACUACUGAGAGAUUUCAGUUGCUGUCUGGGUUUUCAAUGGCUUUCUACACCUUCCUUUCUUCAUGUGUACUUUUUCCCCUGCAUUAUUUAUUAGCACAUAACUUCAUUUGUAAACUAAUUAGAUUUGUUUUCUUUGCAUAUAUGGAUUUCUUUGGUUGCUGUCAACAUCUGGUGAAAAAAGUCAACGGCACCUUUAGAAAUAUGUUUUCUGAGUAAAAUGGUGACGUGUUAAAUAUUUAUUUUCCCCGCUGUAUGUGAAACCCCUUUUUAUGUGAAACCCCAUUUUGUUUCAAAAGCACGUUUGACUGUAAAUUGAGAUCAAGUGUCCCAAUGUUGAUUGUGGUUGUUUCCCUUUUGUGUUUGAUUUACGUUUUUGUGUGCUAAUGGUUGACUAUGCGUCUGCGCAAUGUGAAAUGAGCGAAACUGUUUAAAUCCCCAUGCCCUUGUGUUGACAAGACACUGCUUUUGCUCUUUUCUGAUCCAUUUUACCAUGUCUUAUUUCCUACACAAAUAUUAAUAUGAAAAUUAUAUAAUCAGUCAUAAUUAUAAAAAACUUUCAUUGCGUACUUUACUUUUUUUUUUAUUUAAAGCCUUUUAAAAUACAAUUUCUCCUUUGGCAAGUCGGGGUUAUUCGACCAAAAAUAUUACUUUCCUUACUUUUCAAAGUAAAAGAUUAGUAUUUAGUUUUCUAAAAAUUAUGUACAAAUGUCAUUUUUGUUGUUGUAAUUGAUUAACGAUUUUUUUUACUCUAUGAAAAACGUCAGCAACUAUGUGUGUGCGCAUUAUGAAAUGAAUGAAACAGUUUCAAAUUUCAUGUCCUAGUGUUAACAUUGCACUGUUUUUGCUCUUUUCCAAUCCAUUUUACCACAUCGUGUCUUAUUUACCACGCUGAUAAUCAUAUGAAACCAAUAUAUUAUAAUAUAACAAUCAUUCAUUCA